AUGAGUGGUGUAGUUGAUGUUACUGUGUUGAGAGAUGCAGUUGUCAACAAGAAACCUGUAGAUUUAAUGAAUGAUGAUAUGAAAGUCGAAGAUAUCAAUGAAUGUAAUAAAGUCAAAAUUGGUGAAAAAAUUUAUGAUAUAUUAUCACCAACCAACUUUUACAAUGAAAAUGAAGCAAGUAACUUGAAAUCAAUAAUAUUCUGUUGGAUUCAUGAUAAAUCAUCAGUUGUUGAGUACAAAAAGAAAUGUAACGAGUAUAAAAUUCCCGAUUUCAAGUUUUUAGUUAAAACAGAAUUGACUACUUGGUUGAAUGGAGAUUCAGAAACUUGUAAAUUCAUCCAAACCGAAGAUGGUGAAACUGGUGGUGAAACUAAGAAACACAAACUUGAUGAUCCACAAUUACUCAGAAUAAGUGAAUUCGAAAAGGAAGCAAUUGAUCAUAAUAUUAUUUUAAGAGGCUCAAAGAAUAUCGAUUUUGGUUAUUUAAUUAAAGAUGCCCAAAAAUUCAUAGCUCAAUUGAAACGUAAUAAACCAUCAAAAGCUAUAAAUCAAAAGAAUUUGAAAUCCCCAAUUAUAAUAAUAUCACCAUCAACAUCAGCCUUGUUAACUUUGAAUAAUAUAAAACAAUUCUUGGAAGACAGUCAAUUUAUCAAACCAAAUAGUCCUGAAUUGCCUCCUAAACCCACAAGUGGUGUGGUAGUAGUUAAUCAUCCAUCAGAUAGAUUACAUCCGGCAGCUCAUAAAAUCACUAUUGUUGAUAAUGUAGAAGUUUUCACUAAACCUGACUAUUGGGAUAGAGUAAUCGCUAUUUUCACUACCGGUCAAAGUUGGCAAUUCGCUAAAUAUAAACAAAAUAGACCAGAGUUAUUAUUCCAAAGGUAUCCAGGGUUCUAUUUCUGCUAUCAAGGAGAACUUGUCCCUCCUCAAAUUAAAGAUUGGAAUGUAAAUGAAAUCAAGAUUGAUAGAGAUAAAAGAUUCAGAGAUAAAAUGAUUGCCAAAGAUUUUUGGUUGGAUAUUGAGAAAAUUUUGAUCCAAAAGGGUUAUGGAUCUAUCUAA